UUUCGGCCUUGGGGCUACUACAAAUUUUGGUGCAUGAUAAAUGCCCUCACCCAAUGCAGGAUGGAAGGUGAAGAAUGUUGCUGGCCUCUCCUGUGACUUCUUCUUCCUCUCAUAGGGUUCUCUUCUCUUCCUACCGAUCGUUUAGGAAUCUGCGUCUCCCUUCUGUCUCUGGCAACAUGCAGGCCCAUGCAUUCGCGAGAAACCCCUUGAGAGCCAACACCCACGACGCCGUCGACAGUUCUUCGUUGAACUCGGCAGUUUCCGCCCUAAGAUCAGCACUGAGUUGCAGCAAUCAGGAUGCUCUACGUGAUUUCAAGGUGUUGUUCUUCAAGAAGGGCAAGCCUCUCGCUCGCUCCGACUUGGGUACCUUUGAAGACGCCUGUCCUCUGUGGCGGAUUGGGUGGAGAAGCAUGUCCGAUUGCAAAAUUUUGAUGGGUAGGUCCGAGAUUCAGCUGAUCGAGGACAGGUUGGUGUAUCUCGGGAAGAAGGGCGGUGUCAUCUACUGGGCCAUGGACGUCACCGACGCAGAGAAUUCGAGCUUCGAACCAGCGCAGCGGGAUCGAUCGGCCUACGUCGAGCUUCGGACGUUGAUGGUCGCCACGGAUUGGGCGGAUGCUGAUGCGAUGGGGGAAUUGGCUGUCGCUGGUCAUGCAAAGGCAUUGCUAGAAUGGCAUAAUACCUCACGUUUUUGUGGCCAUUGUGGAACAAGGAAUAGACCUAUUGAUGCUGGACGACGGAAACAAUGUUCAAAUGAAUUAUGCAAGAAGAGAGUGUAUCCUCGUGUUGACCCUGUUGUCAUUAUGUUAGUCAUUGACAAAGAAAAUGAUCGUGUGCUGUUGAGCCGCCAAUCCAGAUAUGUGCCUCGUAUGUGGAGUUGCCUUGCUGGUUUUCUUGAGCCAGGAGAAAGCUUGGAAGAAGCUGUGAGGAGAGAGACAUUUGAAGAGACUGGCAUUGAAGUGGGAGAUGUUAUUUAUCAUAGUUCUCAGCCAUGGCCAGUUGGCCCAAGUAGCAUGCCAUGCCAGCUGAUGGUGGGUUUCUUUGCAUAUGCAAAUUCCUUAGAGAUACAAGUGGACAAGGAAGAAUUAGAAGAUGCACGAUGGCAUAGUAGAGAAGACGUUAAAAAAGCUUUGACGUUUGCCGAGUACAAGAAAGCACAGAUGUCCACAGCUGUUAAAGUUAGCCAUAUGUGUAUGGGUGUCGAGAAAGGCCAGGUGUCCUCAACUGACUUCAACAUAGAAAGUGGAGAGCUUGCUCCAAUGUUUGUUCCAGGGCCAUAUGCCAUUGCGCACCAUUUAAUUUCUCACUGGGCAAAUCAUGGUGCUUUCGGAAUUGCUGACCUACCUCGAAGGCACUCAUGUGGCACACCAAACUUAUAGAUGGACCCUAUCCUCUUCUUUGCUUCAGAUAUUGUCCAUGUGGAGAUAAAAUAUUGCUUCUUUAUUUACUGUAAAAUUGUUGUCUUUUUGUUGUAGUAAGUUCGUUGUCUACUGUAAAACGCUAAAGUUAUUAACUCUUAAGACACCAUCCAAAUCCAAAAUCUCAGAAAAAUCAGGUUCUAUGUACUACUUCUGAAGACCGCCUUGAGGGUUUCCAAGGUAACUUACUGGUGAAUAGGCAACCAUGCUUUGUGUUAUUCUGUA